UGAGAUAGCCAUCACACUCGCCCGAGAGACAGAGCACCAGCGGAAACAGGAGUGGUUGGAUAGUUGGGCAGACUGUUUUACCCAGAGUGCACUGUAGGCUACACACUGAAAACUUCACCUUCGUUCGCGUAGCGAUCUGAAAGGGUGGUCUGUCACAUUCGUUGAGCCGCAUGCAUCUCGCUCCAUCGAGACGCCCGGUCCCCACGCACAGGCGGCUUGCACUCACAUCGGUUMGAUUCUUUCAACGGGAUACAGGGAGGAGAAUCCGUACAAGCUCACAGUGGACUUUAAUGUGUACAAAACCUGCUUUAUAACGUUUCAUGGGGAUACUUUAGAGGAAAUCUUGACGACCCUGCAUAUUAACAGGACUGGGGAGGGACAGAGAAGAGAGAGAGGAAGAGGGAGCAGCAGCCUUCGUCUGACAACGUGACCAUUGGAUGAGCCCCGUUCAUGCGUCUCCCUGUGUGCAACUCCCACAUCACUAUGAACUGUGAGCAGGACUUUGGAGACGGGGGCCUGGGUGUGACCCUCACACUCCGACUGCUCAUGCACGGCAAGGAGGUUGGCAGUAUCAUAGGCAAGAAAGGUGAGACGGUGAAAAGAAUACGGGAGGAGAGCAGUGCACGAGUCAACAUUUCAGAGGGAUCAUGUCCAGAGAGGAUCAUCACCAUCACCGGCUCUACAGACUGUGUCUUCAGGGCAUUCACCAUGAUCACAUGCAAACUGGAAGAGGACCUCACCACACUGGUGGCCAACGGCACCAUCAGCAACAAGCCCCCAGUGACCCUACGACUGGUCAUUCCAGCCAGCCAGUGUGGCUCCCUCAUCGGCAAGGGAGGGGCAAAGAUCAAGGAGAUCAGAGAGAGCACGCGAGCACAGAUACAAGUGGCAGGAGAUUUGCUGCCCAACUCUACUGAGCGAGGGGUGACGAUAUUGGGGAGUCAAGACUCGGUAAUCCAGUGUGUCAAGCUGAUCUGCACAGUAAUCCUGGAGUCUCCCCCGAAGGGUGCUACCAUUCCCUACCGGCCCAGCCCCUCCCCAGGAGCCCUCCUCAUCUCUGGCAACCAAGUGUUUGAGGCGUCAGACUUUUCCCCCCACCCUCUGUACUCUCUCUCCCAGGGCGGUCUUGACCUGCAUCAGAGUGAUCUCUUCCAGGCCUACACUGUACAAAACCAAYAUGGCAUUCCACAUACAGAGUUGGCCAAGCUACAUCAGCUAUCCAUGCAGCAGAACAUGCAGCAGAGUCCCAUGUGCCAGCAGACUACAACCGUUCUUCCUGGAAUGGACUCAAACUCCCAGACAUCGCAGGAGCUCCUUAUUCAAAACGACCUGAUAGGCUCGAUCAUCGGCCGGCAGGGCACUAAGAUCAAUGAGAUCAGGCAGGUGUCGGGGGCUCAGAUAAAGAUCGGCAGCCAGCUGGACGGAACCAAUGACCGACACGUCACCAUCACUGGCACACCAGUCAGCAUCAACCUGGCCCAGUACCUCAUCACCUCCUGUUUAGAGACAGCUAAAUCCACGGCCCAGGCAGCCUCCAUGGCCACCCACAACAUGUCUGACCUCAAUAUGGUCUUCACACAUCCCGCUUCCCCGGCCUCCUCCCCCCACACCGCCUCCACCCUGGCAGCCAUGGGUACCCUCUCCCCCGCCCCCGUCAUGGGCCACCCCUACGGCGCCCUGCCCUUCUCCAGUCUGUUAGGGGUCAAGUCUGUCCCCUUCCUGACUCUCUCCAGCCCCGCCCCCCAGGUCGCUGUCACCGCAGCCCCUUCCCACACCUCCCUGGCAGCCUACACUACCAAAAUCUCCUCUGCCAACUGCAUCAAGAAACCCGACAGGCAGAAGUUUGCACCCUACUGAUGCUACAUGCUACACCUCGCUAGCCUUCUUCUGAAGGCUGGAAUUAAGGACAACUGUCUAUUAUGGCCACAUCUCAAAUGACACCCUAUUUCCUACAUAGUGCACUAUAUGGUGAAUAGGGUGCCAUGUGAGACUUGCCCUAUGUUCUUCCAAUCACGCCCUGAUGUAGCCAUAUCUGCUGCCAGAGAUUAACUUGGCUGUACUUUAUAAUUCACCACAAUGAAGAGACCAACAGAGAUUUGGACGAAAGCUAUCAUAAGGUAUACUAUACAUUACAUAUAUAGAUGAUUUGUGAGUUCCCCAUGAAUUUAUGGACUUCUUUCACCCCCACCUCAUUCUACUGUUAUUUAUCACUCGUAUAGAGCAAAGUCCUAACUUGGGAAAUGCACUAACUUGGAGUUUCAUGUAAAUCAUGCACUGAUGUAAUGGUAAGUGUGCAUCUCUCGAGUUAGGAAUAGGCCCAAAAGUAUUUAUCCUUCAGUAAAUUUGUAAAUUAUAAUCUGAUACGGAUGGCUGCUCAACUGUAUGAUGCUUUUAUACAACAUCUGUGAUUGCUUCUUGAAGUUUUUAAGAAAAUCUGUAAAUGUUUGGGAAGAAAAAUAUUGUUUUUUUAUGCCUUUGUGCUAUAGCUAGUACUGUACUGUUCAGUGUUAUGUUUGUUUUGUUGGGUUUUGUUUGAAAUGUGCAACUAGUUUUAUUCUGUUUCUUUGUAUUGUUUUGUUUAUUAAAAGUAUUUGUCUCUU